AUGCCUCUCAAAAAAGCAGAGAGAAAGCUGGAGAGCUCGAAAGCUCACGAAGCACGAAUGGAGCGGAGAAAAAUCUUAGAACCAGCAGUCUUAGCUGUCGUUUCAGCUCUCGGUGGUUGUUUAAAAGAUUUAAAAAAGUUUUGGAGGCUAGAUGAAGAUGAUGAUGAUAGAACUGUGGCUAGAUUGCUUUAUGAUAGUCAAAUACUUCCCAAAGAUUUACUUCCGAUCAUUACUUCACUCGAUCUUGAUGAUAAGAAGGAUUUCAGGGUCUCUCUUCUUUGUUCUGACCUCAUCUCGGCUCUCACUUGGCCAAUCGAUAUUGCUUCAGAGCUUAAAGAAAUGAAUGAACUAUUGGAUCAAGAAACCAAACGAGAGCUCAAACAGAUUGAUUUUUCCGGUCUGAUUUCUGCUCAACUUUCUUAUAAACGUGAUAUCUUAAAUGCUGGUGCCUUGGCGCAUAUAUUUAGGCUCAUUGUUCCUUCUUUACAAAAGGCCUUGAAGGACAAACCUUGUCCGAUAGGGGAAUCUUCGACGUCAGCUGAUGACUAUCAACUUCAAUCCGAACUGAUCAUUCAAAUGUCACGAUUCGGCAUUUUCGACUUUUUAAUUCACUUGAGUCAUGGUGCAAAUCGUUUUGACGUCUUUGGCGCCUGGAACAUGAUCGUUCUUGAUAUUUGGCAUUUGCUCUUUCGUGGAAUGAAUGCUGAAGAUUUAGUAGAUGCAGAAUCAUUUUUCAAAACAAAUGAGGAAGGUCAAACUGUUAAAACUUUAUCAGCUUCAGCUAGGAGAUUAGAUGCUUUACUUGCAGAAGAAGAGCAAGAGAAACGAAGACAGGCUAGGAAAGCUCCUAGUCGACAUUCUCGCUUUGGCACCACUAUCAGCGUUCAUACGGAAGGUCAAAAGUAUAACUUACACCGUCAAAGUGAUAUCACAACUUCUUUGGAGCAUGCAUUGGAUUUGCGUAAAAAAGCCAAGAAAAAACCUGUUCGACUCAGGGAUGAGCUUGGAACACCUACUGAACUCACGCCUGAUGCUAUGAAGGUUUUAAGAAAAGUGGCUACUGAAUUUAUCGAAUCGGCAUUCAACCAUAGAGAGAAACGCGUAGGAAUACUUCCAGAUAGUGAAGAAGGUCACGAUUUCGAUUUAAUUGCGAGUUUGAUUGAACCAGGUUGUAUGCGAUAUAUUCUGGAAAAGAUUAAGGCUAAUGUUGAGGAGAAACCUAUGCCGGCUGUGGAAGUUCAUGCAGCAGUGAACUCAUUACUGUACCAGCUUUUGGUCAUUGACGGUUUGAUGGCUUCUGGCGUCGCCUCCUAUAUCGACGCGGCAACACUUAUUCAAGACAAACUAUACUAUGACGAGACAAGCUUGGAGAUUGUGAUCCAAUUAUUAUCAAGCUAUACAACUCAAUCUCACAAAUUCCUCGACAACAUCAUUUUUCUCGCCACUGUCUUUUUGAAAAUGCUUGAACGUCAUUCAAAGAGUCAAGACCAUAUGUUUGUUCGUAAAAAGAAACCCAACAAAAAGUCACAAGCAAACGGAAAGGGGAACGCGAUUGAAGGAGAACUAGAAAAUGCUGAGGCUGGUUUAGGGAUUGGUGAUGAGGAAGAAGCUGAGUUUGAAGCUAUGGAAGCUCGUAAUGCUCAAAGAUAUGCCGAACACAAGUUUGAGUUUGAAAAGUUUCAAGCAAAAUUCGCGCGUGAGCCGGUGCUCAAUACCUUAUUAGUCUAUCUGACCGGCCAUCGGGAAUUCAAGGAUCCUGAGCAACUGAAGCGCGUUGUAAGACUUCUUCAUCGGAUCGCUGUGAAUGCUAAAUCAGAUGGCUUAUUCUUCAAGGUUUCUACAUUCGAUACACUGAAUACACUUCUCGAAGAUCGAGCUAAUUCACCCAGAAAUCCCGUUUAUGAUGAUCUUUGGAAACUAAUUGAUUAUAUCUUAAAACAAUUCUUCAAAUCGAUUAGACAAAAUCCAUUUUUAUUAGUUGAAUGUUUUUUUCCUUCUAGAAAGACUAAAGGAGGUCGUACUCGAAAUAUUGAAAAUAGUGAUAGUGAUGCUGAUAGUUUGGUUCUUACGAAAUCUAAGAAAAAACCAUUAAAACUUCCAGCAGAGAUUGUGGUGAAACCAGGAUUAACGUGGUCUCAGAAAUUAGGAGUGGCAAUCGGUUUGUUAGUCGAUGACAACAAAUCUGAUCUAGUGGAACAAGUCAAGGAUACACUACGCUUAGCUUCAGCCGCUCGAACGGCUAUAGUUCUUAUCACUGAUGGUUCUCCGGAUGAAGAUGAAAAUAUCGAUAUUCGUGCUUGGCUUGAUGAACCUAAUGAAGAACUUAGUGAAGCGUUGAAAGAGAAAUUCGCUAAACCUUCUGCUGCAGCUUUGGAAAAGUUUGAAGAUCAUGAGGUCAGAUCGGAGGACCAAGAUUACGACAAAGCUCUGGGACGUGAUCCACAGCUUCAUUUGCUUUUACGUCUACUGUCUUGGGAUAAUACAGAAGACGAAGGACGACUUCAAUGGACAAUACCCAAAACCCGAUUACAUACCGAAUUGAAUGUAGAUUUAAAAAUCAUAGAUUAUUUCUUAUUAAACCCACUCGAUCAUAAUGGAAAAUCAGCAGCCGAAUUAGUAAAGAAAAAGAGAAAAACACAAGGCAGUAGAAGAACUAGAAGACGUGAAACGAGCGCUGAUUUAAAUGAAGAAGAAAGAGCUUUAGAUGGUGAUAGUGAUGAGGAUGAGGAAGAAUCUCGUAAGAAAAGGAAAGCUAAGAAACAACAAGAAGUUAAACAAUAUCAAUCUGCUCAGUUUAUUGCAGAUUCUGAUGACGAGGAUGAUGCGGAAAGAGAUGCUAGAUUUUUUGAACAAGAACGACUUUUAAGAGAACGGAUAAAUCAAGGUGCAAUUUUAGGAAUGGGAGCCUCUAAAGCUGAUUCAAAUCCCAUUUCAACACGUAAGAUACGAGCAAAGCCAGCGAAAAGGAACCGGCAGAUCAAAAAAGUAGCUCGGUCUAAAGAGAUUGGAAUAAAUGAAGAUGAUGCAGGGAAUGAUGAGAUGGAUGUUGAUAUGUUGGAUGGAGAACAAGAUCAAGUUAACUUAACGAGUGAGAAAAGUGUUUUGAGAGAAGUAUCACCUGAGCUGAGUCAAGAUGAAGAAGAAAAUGAAGAAAGCAGUUCAGAUGAAAUUGAUAUAAGACCACAAACUACUACUACUACUACUAUAGAUAUUACUUCACCGACACGUUCUUCUACUUCUUCAGCACAAAGCAAAAGUGUUGAAAUCAUUAAUAGGAAAAGAAAUUUGGUUUCUUCUAUCAAACUUGGUGGUGAAGAAGAUGAAGAUGAGAUUGAUGAAUUAGAAGAUUCUCCUAGAAGAGUUAAGUCUAGAAAGAUUUUAGUUAUAGAUAGUGAUGAGGAAGAAUGAUGAUUUUAUCAAUCAAGUUAUGAUUCGAAUUAAUAUUAAAUUGCGAUUUUGAUAGUGGAAUUGUGCAUUGUGGAUUGUUUUUUUGUUUAGGUAUAUAUACUCUUUGAAACAUACUUGAUUCUUUUUUACGAUGUUUUUUUUGGCAACCUGGCAUUUGUUUGUGAUGUCAUUUUUGGUUUCAGAUCCUACUUAUAUAAUUUUCUUUUGAUAUCUUUGAUUACUUUUAAAAUGUAUUUGUAUACCAAUGAGGACGGGAUUAAUUUUAGAGAUGUGAUUUCUUG